CGAGUCCGGCGUGAUCUGCCGCGGCAUCCCGGGGGGCACCCACACCUCCAGCCCUCCUCUCUCCUUCUCUCCCUGCUCCAUGGACGAGCGCCUCGAGCCGCCUCCCUGUGGACAUGGAUGACGGCCGCGGCGACCCCUACCGGACGCUGCUCCGGGAGGCCACGGCGGCGCUGCUCAACGCCUACUACAAUGCGCCGGGGUCGCCCUUCCUGUACCCCACCACCGCCAGCGUCCUUGACCACCUCAACGGCGCGCUCCUCAGCUCCGCCCAGCGCGUGCUCAUCGAGGGCGCCCGCUUCCGCCGCGCCAACACCGGCGGUGGGGGGCCUGCCGGCCGGACCAAGCUGCCGUGCGACUUCACCCCGUGCGCCGCCACCAACACCACCUCGCACGGGAGGUCGAUGACAAGCCGGGAGUGGAGCCAGCAGCAGCAGGACGUCGUCGGGUGCGCCAGGACUAGGACGUCACCGGCCACCUACUGA